GGUAAACAAUGUCUACCAUCCCUGUUGUUGUUAUUGCUGCUGUUGUUGCAGCUGCUGUUGUUGCUGCUUCUGCUGUUGUUGUUGCUGCUGCAUGCAACAAUAUCCACCUUGCCAGGGGAAGAGGGCGUGUGUUGCAGCAUGGAGGCUGAGGAGACACAACUGUUACUGGGUAUAUAUGCCCUGGUUGCCUGGUUCAGCCUCUACCUGUUGAUCGCAGGAGUCCUGCGCAUGUGGGCGGCCCACCUGCCCUACGCCCACCGCGCCCUCAUCACUGAGAGUUGUGUCUCGGGCGUACAGGGUGUUGCCUGUGCCUCAGUGGGCGUGGCUACAGUCAUCGCAUGCAGGAGGGAUGUCAUGGGCGAGAAGUUUGCCCCAGCAGUGUACUACGCCUUCAUAGGUAUGGCCUAUUUCGUGUAUGAUCUGUGGGCCAUGUAUAGAAGUCACAUUGCUAAACUAAGUGAGCCGGAGUAUACAGUUGCCGGUGUUGUUUCCUACGUGAAAAAACACCUGCUGAUGAUAGUGCAUCACCUGACCAUAGUGAUCGUGUUCUUCCCAACCAUGGUCUACUAUUCCCCCAUGGGACACUUCUUCCUUGGGUCCUUCUUUUGUACUGAACUCUCCACCCCGUUUGUCAAUGCUCGAGUAAUACUCAGUCGAUUUGGCUACAAGAACUCCAAGGUCUACGUGGUCAAUGGCGUGCUAAUGAUGAUCGUAUUUCUAAUAUGCCGAAUUGCUCUUUUCCCAGUCAUGUACAUUGCAUAUUUGAGCCAGCAGACUACAGCUUCAUCCCACAUAGAUGCCCUGUUGUCGAUACCAUUGACUUGCCACUUGUCGUGUCUCCUGGUACUCUUACCUCAGAUAUAUUGGUUUGGCCUAAUGGUUAAAGGUGCAGUGAUUGUACUGAAAGCAGGUUCAUCUGAAGCAGAUAAAGAUGAUUGAUAUAGGUUGAAGGAUAGCAUAAGACUGAAUCUAGUCAGAAUAUGUAAUACAUCAAGAGUUGGUAAGAUUGAAUUUCUUGAUCAGUAUCUUAUAUUGAUCUGAAAUUUCAGUAUUAUUGAUUUCUUAUUAAAUCACCUGUGCAUAUAUUAAUAAAUGUAGAAGACCUUUGUAAAACUUGUGAAAAAUAAGGAUGUACUCAGGUUAAAUUUUUUUAGGAAGCUUUAGAAUUUUAUACUGUUUACUAAUAUGUCUUAAAAACUAGUUAAUAUUUUCUUCAUUCAUGUAAAUUUAUUAAAUUAUAGUUUUCUUUUAAAAUUAUAAUGAUGACCCACAUAAGUUUAACAUUUAAAAUAAAUAUUAUAAUAAUGAUUUUGACAAUGGAAACAAAGCAACUUGAAUCAAGUGCAUUUCUUCAUAACUACUAAUACAGUAGUGAAAAUUAUUAUGGGAUAUGAUUUGUUUCUUUUUUUUGUUUAUGGUUUGAACUAAUUAUUGAAGGUAUCUCCAUAGAUAAAUUUGAGUAGGUAAUAAUAAUGUUUAAUAUACAAAAAACUGCAUCAGUUUCAUUGAUGCAAUGUACGAAUUAAAUGAAACCGGCUAUGCUGAUCUUAAAAUUAACUUCGUAAGUUAAGCAGUCAGUUAUUCCAUAACAUAUUAGUUGGUAGCAGUAGAAUCGAUGAUUUUACCCUGAACUUUUGUACUGUAUAAUAACAGGUUGAUAUACAAAGUUAACUAACCUUUCAACAUCUGUCUUGGCUAUUAGAAAAAUUCUUAGUAUUAGCAGUUUCAUUGUAAUUUGAAUGCUGUAUUCAAAUAUUUUUUAUUUUACUUAACAUGAUAUUUUGUGUGUUACCUUUGAUAUACUUUUGAUGAGUUUCGAGAGUCUUUCUACUCCCGGAGCCUGGCCAUGGGCCAGGCUCGUCUGGUGCUACCCUGGUCAACCAGGCUGUUGUGUUUAGGUUUUUUUAUUUCUCUUGACUUACGUUAUUAUUGGUUACGUAUCACAAGUUACUUCAGCAAUUUUAUAUAUGCUUCUUAGUUCAUGGGUAUUUUAUAAUUGAUUAAUAGACUGAUUUCAUCAGGUGUAGACAGUGUAUAUCAUUAAUGUUCAUUCAACUUCUACUGUAUGAUAUUCAAGUAAUAUUAUCCAUUAACAACCAGAAUUCUGUAAAAAUGAUCGAGGAAGAGAAUCUUUUGGCUAAAAAAAUCCAUUCAUGAAUACACAUGUACAUAUUGUAUGGUAUAAAUAAUACUUAGAUUCAUAUUUCCAUGUUAUGUACAGUUAGUUUUAGUUCAAUAUCUUUAUUAUGUAUCCCAUACCUAUCCUGUGGGCAGUAGUCAAAAAGAUUACAGAGGCACCUAAUGGAUCCAGGAACUGGGCUGCAAAGUUUUGAUAGCUAAACAAGUUACAGUGGUAAUGAACUAUGUAUUUGUUUUUUUUUCAACAAACCAACUGUAUCCCAUCAAGGAAUGAACUACAGGUCUCCCUCCACAUUCACGAGUUCCACUUUUGCGGGCUUCGAACAUUCGCAAAUGCCCAGCCGCCCAAUCAUAUUUAAAAUAUGUCAUGACAUAUGUUAGGAAUUGUGGCGGCGGCAGAGUUUGUUCGAGGCAGUACAAGAUAGUCCUUCAGUAUGACACUAUUGUCAACUCUGUGGCUGAUUUAUCUAUCAUAGUUGAUCUAAUAUGACAUAAUAAACAAUAUUAAUAACAGUAAUAACAAGUAUUAAUAACAAUAAUAACCACUCGUUAUUAAUAUUAAUAACAGUAUUAAUAACGAGUGGUGGUGGUGUUGUUGGGUGUAUAAGGGCCACUGAGAGCAUAAGCCGUACAUAGUGGUGGUGAAGGCCAGCAGAGGCGGUGGUGUUCUCAGUAGCCUUAUAUUCCUCCAACAUCAUUGGAGGAGUUAGGUUCAUGCUGUCCUUUUUCUGUCGAUUAAUUACUUAUUUGCUACAAUGUUAAUGCUACCCUUUAUUGCUGGCUGGUGCUAUAAACUUUAUCGACUCGUGCUGCUUUAGUAUCAUGCAUAUCAUAGAAUCACUGAAGAAGGCACAUUCUCCCCUCUCUUUUCCUCCUCCACUUUGGUACUCUGCUAUGAGUUCUUUCUUGAAUUCUAUAGUCUUUCUCACCCUCUUUACCAAAGGGCUGGCACUGGUACAAUAUUUUAUGAGGUUUUCAUGUGUUUUAUGAUUGUUCAUGGUUCAAUAGGUUAAGGAAGCAGUAUUGUUAAGCUAAGUAAAUGCUAUUAUUAUUUUUCCCUGCAAUAUAUUUGUGCACCAAACAUUUGCGAUUUUUCAACAUUCAUGAGGUUCUUGAUCCCUUAACCCUCGCGAAUGUGGAGGGAGACCUGUAUUUACAUAUAUCCAGUUACAAUCAUAAGUUAUUUAUGCAGACAUGAAUUAGGUUGUAAAAAUAUUAUCCAAUAUUUUAGUAAGGUGUACUUGAAUUUAAGCAAGUUCAAGUAGUUUUGCAUUAUUGACAAAGUUAGGGUAUUUUUCCAGAAUGGUUGGUAAUAUGCUAGUGUGGAAAAAGUAGACAUUUCUUGAGCAUUUCUGAGUGAGCUGUCUCUGAAUUCAUUAAUUUUAUCGCAUUCUAGCACACGACACAAGGCAUGACAAUUGUCCAUAUGGUAAAGUUUAUGUUUAGUUGGGUCUACAUUGGCUGGUGGUACUGAUGCUACCUCCCAGAAUACUGGUAACCCAGCAUAUUCUAAGGUACUUCACUUUUGUUGAACCUAUAAGAAUUGUUUUUGAUUUUAGUUGUUAAUUUUUUAUUGAAAUUUUACUUUAUAUUGGAAUAGUUUUGUGUGACAUUCGUGGAUUUUAAUAACUGAAAAAUAUUUUUUUUAUUUGAUAAAGGCCCACUGCAAGAUAAACCACCUAAAGUGAUGAAAUUGUAUAGAUUGGUAGCAUUCUUGAGAAUAUAAGCUCUUCAUUGUGAGAGUAUUUUAAGAUUUCAUUUAAAAUCAGAUUGGGCAAAAAAAUUUUUUAUGAGAUCUGUCCUGUUAUACCCUGUUUAAAGCUGAAAGUUUAGUUAGAGACCAUUAUUGUACAUUUUCACAUAAUUCGUGAUCUUGGAUGCAUAAUGAAGAAUUCAGUGUUGCCAGUAGUUUAGACAUACUGUGUAACAUGCAGUAAAUAAAUGCAGAACAAAAAUGAAACCUCACAUUUUUUAUACUGAUAUGAAGUUCAAAAUGUAAGGUGAUAUGUGUGCCAAAUAUUUAAUUAUGAAAAUAUUAUUUGAUCUCUUUAAAAACAAUUAUUUUAAAAUUUUAUCAUCUACUGAUGGCACCAAACUUCGUUUUGCACCUGUUUCUCUGCAGUGUCUUGUUGCAGCAUAGUGCAUUGAGUUAGUGUGCAUUUGUAUGAGGCUAAUUUUAGGGUGCACAACUUUCAGGAGCCAAUGAAUUUACUGAGUUGAACAUAAAAGCAGGCUUUAGUAUUGAAUCAGGUAAUUAUUAAUGAUUUUGUUUUAAAUUACUGUACAGUACAGUAAUUUUCAUGGUAGUUUAAAAACGUUGUGCAGUAUAUGGUGAUUGUGAUUACCAGUUGAUGUGGUUUUCAGAAUUUAUUGUGCCUUAGUGUUGCAAAUACAGGUAGCAGAUGGACUUUACAUAUCUGCAUAAACGUUUGUUGUUGUUAUAAGAUUUGCUGUUGAAGUUCAAAUGGUACGAAUCGUGCCAUCAUUUAGCCAAAUUUGGAUGUGUAAAUUUAAUAGAUUGCUAGUACCUAAUUACUUUGUAAAGUGAUCCAAGCCAAAUCCUAUUGCUUUUUAACAUUAUAUAGAUGGCUGUAUUUUUGAGUGUCAUGCAGAUAUGCUCAGUAGUAUGUAAUUUUGACUGAUAAUGUGUGUAACUAGUCUUAAAAUGUACAUAACUGCAGUCUCUAAAAAUAUAUGUUAUAGUGAUCUUAUUGGGUUGCUGGUUGAAUGAAGAAAAGUACAUACUGGGUAUGUAUUUAGGAUCUCAAAAUGAGUGCCAUUUAUAAACUAGAUUUGUACUGUUACUGUAUAGCCCUAAUUUCAGGUAUUGGCUGCAUUUGUUUGUUGCCUAUAUUUUAAAUACCCUACUGCCAGUGAAUUAUAAUUUUUUAUGCAAUGCUAUUUUACAUUUUCAUUUCAAUAAUUCCAAGUCUUGGAUGUUAUUUUAAAACCCAAAAUAUUUGACUGGGCUCAGUCCAUUAUGUAAUAUUUCUGCUUAAAAUGUUAAAGGUGAUGAGCAUAAUAAAUUAACAAUAUUUCACUAGGCAAGUCAGAAAUUAUAAUAUAGAAUGUUCUACUUAUGUCUUAGUUUUAUAUACAGUAUCCUGUAAAAAAAAACUGGUAAAAUUUUUUUAAUACAGUAGGGCCCCACUCAUACGGCAGGUUAGGUUCCAUGCUACUGCUGGAAAGCAGACAUCGCCGGAAAGCAGAACGCCAUUUUUUCCCACUUAUAAAUGCAUAUAAAUGCCAGAUAACAAGUUUACACUAACAUAUAUUAGUUAGCAAUAGAACUAGGCAUUAAAAACAAUAAAAAGUAUAAUACACACACACACUACACCCAUUACUUACCUUAAAAUAUUUGUAGUCCUAAUGUAGGGUGAGAGGUGAGUUUCAUUGGUAGGAAGUCAGGUUUGGGAGGUAUGGUAGCCAGCCAGGUCAGCCCACCCCAUCCCACCCACAUGUAAUGUACUACGACAUUUAAUUAAAGCUCCCCAGAGCAAUAAAAUACAUAUACAGUACAUUCAAUAAUUAGUACCUUCAAAUAUUUGUAGUCCUAAUGUAGAGUGAGAGGUGAGUUUUAAUUGUAGGAAGUCAGGAUUGAAAAGUAUGGUAGCCAGUCAUGGCAUCCCUCCCCGCCCCACGCCAUCCACACAUAAUGUAAACAAACCAGGCGAACAUGUCUCGUGUUCGUUCAUACAUGUUUGUAUUAUACCAUAAUACAAACACUUUACAUUGUGUACAAGUUGUCUCCACGUUGAUAUAGUAGAAUAAAUAAAGACCAAGACUUUCAUUCUCAUGUAAUUUUUAGAAGGAAUGAUGCUCUGACAAAUUAUUAUUAUUAUUACAAAUUAUUAUUACAACUUAUUAUUAGUACAAGUAAUUAUUAUUAUAUUCAUAAUAAGAAAGCACUAAACCCACAAGGAGCAUGAAUAGCUAUAGAUAGAGUGAAGGUAUAUGAAAGGAAUAAAUUUCUAGUUAAGUUGCUGGUGUUUGACUAAAGAAAACAUAAUUCUUUGACUCUCCUACCAAACGCUUGGUAAACAAAUCUCAUAUUUAUGUCAGUUUUUAUACUGUGGGUGUAUGUAUCAUGUUUAUGUGUUAUGUAGCGUGUUUAUUAUAUAAUUCUGAAAAAAUAUCAUAGAUGGAUUAAUGGAAAUGUCUAUACGUAUUUAUAUAAUAUACAACAUUUAAUGCGCCCACGAGAUUAUAUGGCAUCGAGUAGAGAGACUCUCAGUGAUUUUAAUGUGUACCUGCAUGCCAGCACAGUGUGUAAGUAUAUUUAGGUACAGGUACACAUAAGUAUGAUUAUCAGAGUACAUAUAAAAUAUGCAAUAACUUUAAAACACUUGAAAUUUUGGAAAAUUUCCUGACAUAAUAGAGAGUUGUGGUCAUGGAGAAUGUAAACAAACUGGGUGGGGCACACUGUAUUUGAAAGACCGUUCGCCAUGUAGCAAAUUUUGGUCAUAAUUUGAAAUCUCCGUAUUAGCAGAACGCUGUAAAGCAGGGCCCUACUGUAUAUAAAUCCAGCAGCUGAAGUUGUUAAUAACAAGCCUUUCUUCAUUUUCUGUGAUAUACAAAUUUCAGAUGUUCAAGAUGGUUUUUGUAAAAUAAAGCAAAUGUAACUUGUAAGUGUAAGCCUAAUGAAGAUUUAGUUUUGUAGAACUAUUUGGUAUACUGACAUUUGUGGCCAAGUGUCUAGUCUGUUAUACUAAAAGGAAGUGUCAUAGCAAUUA